AUGGCCUCCUCCCCAGCUUCAUCCGAACUAUCCAGCUUCUCCGCUUCUCCAUCUCCUCCCGCCGAAUCCAUCCUCCCCGUCAAACGAACCGCCUCCACCGCAUUUAAAGGUGAGAGCGCAGUCGACGACGACGCCACCGAAGAAGCACCACACUCCCCGGAAUCCAUCGCCGUUUCCGACGUCUCUUCCGACACCUCCGGCUCAGUUCCUGGAACUCCACGCGAAGAUGACGAGCACGGCGAACAAGUGACCGUCUGUCGCUGGGAAGGAUGCGAGAAGGACAUGGGCAACAUGGACGACCUCGUCCGACACAUCCACGAUGAACAUAUCGGAACUAGAAGAGCUAAAUACGCAUGCGAAUGGGACGAUUGUACGAGAAAGGGAAUGGCGCAUGCGAGUGGUUACGCUCUCAAGGCCCAUAUGCGAAGCCAUACGAGAGAGAAACCGUUCUAUUGCACCUUACCUGAAUGCGACCGAUCGUUCACCCGAUCCGAUGCCCUCGCCAAGCACAUGAGGACCGUUCACGAAACCGAAGCUCUACGACCUUCAGACCCAAUUCCGAAGUCACAUCCAAACCAUCCUCUAAACAUUUCAGCUCAUCUACACGACCACAUGGAACACGGUAAAGAAGAUGAAUACUCAUCACUAUCGCCUUCUCCAGUACCACCAUCCGAUGAGGACGAUGAUGCAGGUACCGGUUCGACUGGAGGUCAGAAUGGUAUUCAGAACGGCAAGGAGAAAAAACCUAAAGAGGAGGUAAAUUAUUACGAACCUGAGGAUGGAUUCGAUAUCGACGAGUCGAAGCUUCCACCAGCAGAUCUAUACAGGCUCCUACGUAGAAAGCUAGCAUGGGCACAGGAAGAAGCGGUUGAGCUCGAGGCCGAGAAGAAAAUGCUAGAGGAGAAGAGACGGCAGGCGUGGGUCAAGAAGGAAAUGUUGUUAGAGAAAGUCAUCGAAAAUGACUUGGGCGAGGACGCGAAACACGUCAUGGCGCACGACGAGGAGGCAAGGUAA